GUUGACAAGUAGCAGCAUAGAUCCUGGACUAAGUAUCAAGCAAAUGGGUGGUUUGUAUAUUAAUUUCAAUGCAGACAAACAACAGUCCAAGAAAACUCUAACACAGAUCAAAGAGAAAAAGAAAAAUGAGCUUCUGCAGAAAGCUAUUAUUACACCUGAUUUUGAACAAAAACAUUGUGUUGCACCAUAUAGAGAAUCAAAGCAUCAACUUCAAAAAAAACGGAAGAAAGAGCGACAAAAAACAGCAGGUGAUGGCUGGUUUGGUAUGAAGGCUCCAGAACUAACAGAGGAACUGAAAAAUGACCUCAAAGCACUGAAGAUGAGAGCAAGCAUGGACCCAAAAAGAUUUUAUAAGAAAAAUGAUAGAGAUGGCUUCCCUAAGUACUUCCAGAUUGGAACCAUUGUUGACAAUCCAGCUGAUUUCUACCACUCAAGAAUUCCCAAGAAGCAAAGGAAAAGAACUAUUGUGGAAGAACUGCUGGCUGAUUCUGAGUUCAGAAGAUACAACCGAAGGAAGUACUCUGAGAUCAUGGCUGAAAAAGCAGCAAGUGCAGCAGGCAAAAGAUUCCGAAAGAAGAAGAAAUUUCGCAAUUAAGAUUCAUCAAGCAAAAUACAAUAUUGGACAUUUCUCUUUAUUUGCUAAAUAUAUUUUUAAAACUAACACAUCACGUAAUUUAAUACAGAUGCUGUUUGUAUAAGGAUUUAUUUGGAAAUAAGCCCUGUAUUAUAGUCUUGGACAAAAAAAUAUUUUGGGGAUUAGACACAGGGUCUUGCUUACGCAAGGCAAAUACAAAGCAAUCACUCAUUUGCUUAUUUUUAUUGGCUUAUAUUAAUUGUACAGAGGGGAUUUCAUUACUAUGUCUCCACACAGUUACACUGUAUGACCAUCAGUCUUUCCCCCUCUAUCAUUCCCUGCCCCCCUUAAGAAACAGUAUCUCCCAACAAGUUUCCUUUUUUCAUACAAAGCACUUUUAAAACAAUCAACAUGACUACAUUCAGAGCUGAGAGGGAAUAGACAAUAUGAAGACAGAGGUACCAAUCUUUUUAUCCCAUUUUAGUCACUUCGGUGUUUUCAGAUCCAGUGAGUUGUUUUAGCCAAGUAACCUGAAAACUCUCUAACAUGAGGGUUAUACCAGUUAGCAAGAUAAUGGAAGGCUAUGCGUUGCUUACCUCUGUGGCCUCCAAAAUUGGCAAUUGUGUGAUUUUUUUUCUCUGAUGUAGGAAUUGAUUCUAGAGCAUUUAUGCAAUGGGCUUUUAGUAACUAUUCCUCCUUUUCUUUGUUACUGUGUAACCAUCUUGAACUGUACUAGUCAUAAAGAGUUCCUAGUCUGAA